GCGCUUCCCUCCGGCCGCCCCCUGACCCUGGGCUGUUUUCGCUUCCCUGGCUCCAGCCACCACCCGGCGCGCUGGGUUGGCCUCCUUGUCGGCUCCGCUUCUCGCCGUCCUUAACCUCGUUUUUCGUUUCCGGGUUAAAUGUAUAGCAUAUCGCCUAUUGUGUUGCUGCCGAAGUAACAAGGAAUUUUUCUUCCGUGUGACUGAACGCACUUUCAAACACCGUGGAUCUGCCUUCUCAGCGUCUUGAUAGGCGCACGUGUCACGUUGUAGUUAUCACAGCGUAACAUCUGGAGACUAAACCCAAAGAGAUUAAGCAGUUUGUGGUGGUGGUGAUGUUGUUAGUUGCCAUCGAGUUGAUUCCUGCUCAUAGCGCCCCCACGUGUUACAGAGUAGAACUGCUCCACAGGGUUUUCAAGGCUGUGACCUUUUGGAAGCACAUCAGGAGGGCUUUGGUCUCAGGCACCUGGAGGGAUUCAAACCGCCAGAGUCACACAAUGAGCGAUGAAGCCUGGGUCUAGACUCCCCGUCAUGGAGACUUGGGCUGAAUGUCCUAUGCUGUACUGCCUCCCAAUUCUUGGUUCUUCUGUUACUAAGUGCGGUUAGAACAUAAAUUCAUGGGUGGUACUGGCAAGAGAAACAGAGACCAGAGUAUGUGAAAUUUAUGAAACGUAAUUACCCUCCUGACUUCAAAUAUGAAGAUUUUGGGCCACAAUUUACAGCACAGUUUUUUAAUGCCAGCCAUUGGGCGGAUCUUUUUCAGGCUUCUGGUGCAAAAUACAUCGUCUUAACUACCAAACAUCACGAAGGCUUCACCUUGUGGGGUUCGCAGUACUCGUGGAACUGGAAUGCUGUAGAUGAAGGACCAAAGAGGGACAUUGUCAAGGAACUUGAGGUAGCCAUUAGGAACAGAACUGCCUUGCAUUUUGGACUGUACUACUCCCUUUUUGAAUGGUUUAACCCGCUGUUCCUUGAGGACCAAUUCAGUUCAUUCCACAAGCGGCAGUUUCCAGUUUCUAAGAUGUUACCUGAGCUCUACGAGUUAGUGAACAACUAUCAGCCAGAGCUGCUGUGGGCAGAUGGUGAUGGCGGGGCACCAGAUUCCUACUGGAACAGCACGGGCUUCUUAGCUUGGCUGUAUAAUGAAAGCCCAGUUCGGGACAUAGUAGUCACCAAUGAUCGCUGGGGAGCCGGGACCAUCUGUAAGCAUGGUGGCUACUAUACCUGCCAAGAUCGUUAUCACCCAGGGCAUAUUAUGCCACAUAAAUGGGAAAACUGUAUGACAAUAGACAAGGUUUCUUGGGGAUAUAGGAGGAACGCUGGAAUCUGUGACUAUUUUACAAUUGAAGAAUUGGUGAAGCAACUUGUAGAAACAGUUUCAUGUGGAGGAAACCUUUUGAUGAAUAUUGGGCCCACACGAGAUGGCAUAAUUUCUCCAAUUUUUGAGGAGAGAUUAAGGCAAAUGGGGACCUGGCUAAGUGUCAACGGAGAAGCCAUUUAUGGAACGCACACUUGGAGAUCCCCAAAUGACACUGUCACCCCAGAUGUGUGGUACACAUUCAAACCUAAAGAAAAUUUGGUCUAUGCCAUUUUUCUUAAAUGGCCCACAUCAGGAUAUCUGUUUCUUGGCGAACCCAAAGCUAUUUGGAGUUCAACAAUGGUAAAACUACUGGGACACGGACAGCCACUUAACUGGACUUCCUUGGAACCAAGUGGCAUUGUGGUAAAACUGCCACAGCUAACCAUUAGUCAGCUUCCCUGUCAAUGGGGCUGGACUCUGUCACUGACUAAUGUGAUCUGAUGUGCACCAGAACGACCCAUGCUGCAUGCAUGUCUAAGACUAGACAACGACAGGUUUCUAUGACUGUCGCGUAUGGAGCAAACAAAUGUAAAAUUGGUCAAGAAUCAUCAAGUAAUUAUUUAGGCAAUUCAACCCUCUUUUCCCGUUUCUCCCUAAAUUCUUCUCCAAAUUGCCCAUGUAACUGUUUUAACUCUGCAUUGCAUUUUGCCAUUAAAGUCUUUCCGUAAUGAAUUUGUUUCUCUGUGGGAUUCAGAGGUGGAAAUGUUUUUAGAGUAGCUAGAAAUUAAUGGUGUAUAAUAAAUUUGGCCUAAUAUGUA